CUGCUCCAACAGCCAUGACUAGAUUCAUCUCGUAAAUGGACGAUUCUAUUGGUUUCUCAAACACCUCAUGAAACGCGAGAUUUCGAAUCUCAUUGGGAAUGGCCUAUACAGAGAUCUAGCCCUGUCUCUUUACUCAAGAAGCCAUGCCGCCGCCUCCAUUAGUCCUGAUAAAUUCGCAUUCCCUUCUCUAUUCAAAGUCUGCGGCUUGCUACAACAAGUUUCCCUUUGUCAUAUGCUUCAUAUCCAUCUCAUAAAGACUGGGUUUCACGCGGACGUAUACGCAUCAACUGCUCUCACCGAUGCAUACAUGAAACUUGGAUGUCCAGAUGAUGCCCUUAAGGUAUUCGAUGAAAUGCAUGAACGGAGCUUGGCUUCAUUCAAUGCCGUUAUCUCCGGGUUCCUGAAAAACGGGGAUAUUGAUGGGUCUUUCAAAAUGUUCAAGCGACUUCUCAGUAAACAAGCUGUUAGGCCCAAUUCGGUUACUAUAGCUUGCUUGUUGUCGUCGUCGUCGAGUCCGAGUAAUGGUCAUCAAGUACACUGCUGGGCGGUUAAGUUAGGUGUUGAGUCUGAGAUCUAUGCUGCAACGUCGUUAGUGACCAUGUACUCGAGUCGUGGAGAGUUGGGUUCGGCUGCCAAAGUUUUUAAGAAUAUAGAAACAAAAAAUGUGGUUUGUUAUAAUGCCUACAUUUCAGGAAUUUUGCAGAAUGGGGUUCCUCUUCUUGCUUUAGAUGUUUUCAAGGAAAUGCAUAGAUGCUCUGAUGAAUCAUCACCACCCAAUUCAGUCACUAUGAUAUCAGUUCUCUCUGCAUGCUCGGUUCUUGGGUGUGUUGGAUUUGGUAGGCAGAUUCAUGGGAUUUUGCAUAAAAUUAACAUGGGAUCUGACACCAAGGCGGGAACUGCACUAAUUGAUUUGUACUCAAAAUGUGGUCACUGGAGUUUGGCCUACAAGGUGUUUGAUGAACUUAACGGAAACAGGAACUUGACAACCUGGAACUGUAUGAUUGCUGGAAUGAUGUUGAAUGGACAAAGUGACCACGCAAUUGAACUUUUCAUGAAGUUGUUUUCAGGUGUUGAAGGAAUAGAACCAGAUUUAGCAACAUGGAACUCGUUGAUUUGUGGGUUUUCACAGAUUGGAAAGAAUAAAGAAGCUUUAUUUGUUUUCAGGAAGAUGCUAUCAAUUGGUGCAGUUCCAAGUUUAAAAUCUUUGACAUGUUUGUUACCUGCUUGUUCUUCUCUUUCUGCUUUGCAGCUUGGGAAAGAAGUUCAUGGUUACAUUAUUAGAACAUAUUUAUGUUUUGUGGAUGAUGAGUUCAUUUCCACAGCUCUAGUAGACAUGUACAUGAAGUGCGGCCAAUUUUUGUGGGCACAAAAGACUUUCGACCAGUCGAAGAAGACAAGAUCUGAUGACCCGUCAAUUUGGAAUGCAAUGAUUGAUGGGUAUGGGAGAAACGCUGAAACAGAAUCUGCUUUUCGGAUUUUUUAUCAGAUGAUACAAGAGAAUAUACAACCGAAUGAGGCUACAUUCCUUAUAAUCUUAUCUAUGUGCAGUCAUAAUGGUUUAGUUGACAGAGGAUUGAAAACUUUCCUAUCGAUGAACAAAGAUCAUGGCGUAAUCCCAAAAUCCAAGCAUUUGAGUUGUGUGAUUGAUCUCCUUGGUCGUUCCGGAUAUCUUGAUGAAGCGAGGGAACUGUUCCAUGAAAUCAGUGAACCUGCUCCGUCUGUUUGUGCUUCUCUGCUCAGUGUUUGUGUUGAUAAUUCAAAUAUCAGUAUAGGAGAAGAAAUGGCUAAAGAACUUUCAGAAUUAGAACCAGAAAAUCCUCUGCCAUUUGUAAUCCUGUCCGGUAUAUAUGCAUAUCAUGGAAGGUGGAGAGAUGCUCACAAGACUAGAGAAAGAUUGAAUAGCAGAAAAUUGAAAAAGCUCCCGGCUUUAAGCUUCAUUAAUGGAGUGACUGAUAUAAGGUGUUUAAAUUAUCAAUGAGGAGAUUCUACAGCUUUUUUUUAUUAUGAAGCUUGGUUUCUUUGUUAAAAUUCUUUUCAAAGUUGAGAUUGACAUA